AUGGCGGACGAAACCCUGACGGCCGUCCAGCAGUUGCGAGCGGCCAUUGAAGAACAAGCCCUUGACAUUCAACGACUCCUUGCAAGACACACGCAGCUGGAACAGCAGCUGCAAGGCUUGGAAGGACGCGUGGUGCCCGAGGCUGAGGCCCCUGAAAUCGCAGGACGUUCUAUCAAUGGCCGGCCUUCUCUGGAUUCUGUGAAGUCUGCUACUCCUGCAAACGCAGGGGCAACGGCACCAGUAGCCGAGCCGCUGUCCAAGAGGUUGGCCAAAGCUAUGCCCCAGCUCAGGGAGAGUCCGUCCGGGCAGUCGCAUCCGAAGCAAGGCAGGGAUGUCUGCGUCGACGCAAUCGACUUGCUAGACGACGUGGUUGAAGAGGAGGGCAUUGAGCAGGAAGAGCAGGAGGAGGAGAUGGAGCCACAGGUGGAGAUGGAGCCACAGCUCGGCCCUUCCAUCACCUUUGCAGCCACUUUUCGCUCUUGGGAUUCCCUGGCAUCACUGCUGCAAGCGGCACCUUGCUUGCGAUGGGAUCUGCACGGGUUCCACGAUUCCACGGCUUGCCCUGAGCUCAGGCCGGCUUCCGCACGGCCGUGGCCACCGCCUUCACUUGCUCGGAGCUGUCGCGGGGAGUGA